AUGAGCGAUAACACGAUUCGUAUGAGUCGAGUGGUCUGCGACUUCCUCGUCCUCACGCUCAUUGGUAAGUCAUUUGGCGAAGCUCAAAUUCACGGCGAAAUGUAAACCAUGUGAAAAUGAUCGAAUGCAAUGCACACUUACCGACCGGACUACAUUCUUCUCGGUGCUCGUUGUUCUCCGAGAAAAGUGCUUACCUAGCGACAACAAGUAUGAGCACGACAUUUGUUUGACCGGCGGGGAGGAAACAUUUAUGUGUGGGCAAUAGAUUAUUCGGUUUUUGUUUGCUGUUUGAUUGAUUCAUGUAACACGAACGAUCAUAAGCAUUGUGUACUCAUUUCAGCCAUCCCUUUGUACGUCUUCCACGAGUUCGUGCCUCCGUACCGACGUGGAUUCUACUGCGAUGACGAGACGAUCCGCUAUCCGUUCCGCGCGUCGACCGUCUCGCGUCAGAUGCUCAUCGUCAUCGGCCUCCUCAUUCCGAUUCUCCUGAUUCUCGCUACCGAACUGUUCCGCACACUUGCUUGGGAGAAAAAGUGCGAGCAGGAGUUCAAGACUUAUCAGGUAACCGCUCGAAGGCAAUGAGCGUCUGGAACACAAACGGUGGAGUUUCAGGUGCGCAACCACUCGGUCCACCGUCUCAUCGUCCGUCUCUACUGCUUCAUCGGCUACUUCUUCGUCGGAGUCUGCUUCAAUCAACUGAUGGUCGACAUCGCCAAGUACACGAUCGGUCGCCAACGCCCUCAUUUCAUGGAUGUCUGUCGUCCGAACAUCGGCUACAACAAUUGCACAAGACCCGACGACUACAUCACCGAGUUCAAGUGCACCACUUCCGAUUCCAAACUCAUCCACGAGGCGCAGCUCUCCUUCUACUCUGGCCAUGCUGCGUUCAGUUUUUAUGCCGCCUGGUUCACCUCCCUCUACCUGCAAGCCCGUCUGUUCCGUCCGCUCUUCUCCCGUCUUCUCCUUCCGGUCAUUCAAUUCUUGCUCUUCGGAGGCGCCGCUUAUGUGUCGUUGACCCGUGUCUCGGACUACAAGCAUCACUGGUCGGAUGUGCUCGUCGGAGCGAUCAUGGGAAGUGCCAUCGGAAUCUUCGUUGCUCUGUUCGUCGCCGAGGUGUUCCAGAGAAGAGAAAUCCCGUCGUGCAAGUCGCCAAAUGAAUUCGGAUUGAUCAGGUUCGUGCCACUUACCUUUUUCUGUUUCACAAGAGAUGCCUUCAGAAUGGAACGCCCCGAUGCUGGAAUUAUCACGACGAACGGAAACGGCUCCGGAACCGUCGUUACCACUCAGCACGUCAUCGUUUCCGAAGUGGACCCGGCUAACCAACGACUGUAAGUCUCAUUUCUCACUUAUCUGCCGCAACUACUACCUCUCACGCUUUGUCCGAACGUCAUAUCUCAUCAAAUUCUCCCUUUUCAUUCUUCUCAUACUCCCUUCCAUCGGGCUCUUUUCCGGGUGAAUGUUCUAACUGGGAAGGCAUGUUGCACACUUAUAACUAUCGUUCUUCUUCUCCUCUAUCCUUGGUUUAUCACCGCUUUCAGACACCAAUGGCGCAAGAAACUUGAGCUGAGGAACAAGGGAUAUACUGCCAAUGAUAUGUGAGAUAUGUGUUAGGUUAGAUAGCAUUAUCACAGAGUGUUCCAGUCCCUCAGUUACAGUCACCAUAGAAGCAAACUACUAGAAAAGUCCCUCGGUCUUCGGUUUCUCCUCGUUUUCAUUCACUUCCAUCUCAUUCAAUUCAUUCCGAUAAUCCUAAUCGCCAUUUGCUAAUUGGCAGUUCUCAAGCAACUAAUCCCGGUCCUCGUCUUCAUUCUAACCAAGUCUAACGAAUUCUAGUGCAUCCACAAAAGACUGCAGUUUCUGAAAUGUUUAGAGUGUCCUCCUCGCAGCCUGUCUUUAAUCUCGGACCUCCGCCUACUUCGCCGGGAGCAUUCAAAACGGAACUCCGUGUGGAUCCUGUCAUCGUGGUCAAUAUGAAAUGAGAAAGUGUUGUGUGUCUACGUUCAUAGUUUUGUUUUUCAUGUUUAUUGGCCGUGAUCGGGAUGCCGCUACUUGCUAAGCUAAUAGGAUAUGACUGCGACGGAUUAUGAUCAAAUCGGUCAGAAAAGAAACCGAGAAGUAGAUGUCAUAAUCCGAAGCACUGAUCUGAUCGAAAAUUGAACAUGAGCAGUGUCAUCCCGAUCACUCAUUGUCGUUCUGUUCUACAACUUCUCUGUUUAUGUACAUAUCAUCAUCUCUCUCUCUCUUCCAUUCCAAAAAAAGAAAAAUCAGAGCGCUUUCGAUGUUGUGUUUUUGUGAUUGCAGCCUGUGGACUCCGUCGGGCCCCGCUUCUAGGAACUAUUCGGAUGAGCGCUACAUGGACCACUACUAAAGCUCGUCAACUUUCACAGUUCAACUCUGCAUGUAUCCUGUUUUUCGAUAGUUUGUUGUGAUAGUUUCGGGAUAUUCCCCCUCUCCAUCCCCUCCUCCUCCUUUUCUCUCUGUUCCUUUUUUCCGCAAUUCUAUUUUGAUUGUAGAAAACAGCAGGAAGUGCGAACAGUGCAUCAAGACCAGGUCCGACCGCAUUUCAUUGAAAUAAAUCAUCUGUAGCUCUCCCGUUUUAAACUUCUCCUUACUCUUCUUUUUGUCUUCUUUGUACCGCCCACGGAUCAUAAUAAACAUCGAAUUUUGUCCAUUGUGAACUCCCAAACUGCUUCGAACGCUUCCGAAUCAACCUUUCCCCAUUGACAACAACAUCAACAAACACAAUAAGACACACCCCUCCUCAGUUUCGGUAACUCAAAGGGUUCGGGAAUCGUUUCCUGCUCUCCCGAGUCUGUCUGACUUGCAGUUUGGGCCGUUGGCGUCCUGACUCGAUGUUCGACACGUGUUCCUACUACACGGCUCGCAGUGAAUGGGAUGCCACGUCGGGUCGCAGUAGCAUUUUCGGAACAGGACGAUAUGAAUAUCAGUCAAUUCAGUCGGGUCAACCUUCCUGGCUUCUGAAGCCUCUUACCGAGGAAGAGCAUUAGGAACUAAUUGAAUAAAUCUAUGACAUUUUUUCUUUUUCAACUUCAUCUUGAAAGUUCGGACAAAGUAUUGAAAGAGGUGUUAGGUUCAGAAACUGUUAAUUAUCCAUUCGAUGUUUGCAGAGUCCAAUCGACCGACGAGGCCCGCCGUCACUUCUUCCAGCACGCCUAA